AACUUCAGUUGGCUCCCGUUGACGAUUCGUUACGCCAGAGGGCCUAACAAGGGUGGAAUCUCGUCGCGGGGUCACGGAGUUUUGGGUCGGGAAGCUUCGAAUACGGGCUCUAUUUCUUUUAGGCCUAAUUCAAAUCUCACUGGGGUUACAUGGUCUUCUAGAGUUCAACGCAGCGAAGGAUUAAUUAAGGAAUUCGAACCGAGGAACGAAAAUUCGGGGUCCUAGCGGGGGCCGAUCUAUUCGUCGGUGGAGGAAUUGCGCGAGCGGAUGACUUCGGUGGCGAAAGACCAACAUGGGCGCCGUUUCUUGCAGAAGAUCGUGGAGGAGGGAACCCCAAAAGAAAUUCAAUUGGUCUUCUCGGAGGUGUCAGAGAGUUUGUGCGAAUUAAUGGUAAACCCGUUUGGGAAUUCUCUGGUUCAGAAGAUUCUUGAGAAGAGCAAUGAAGAAAUGAUUGAUGAGUUUCUUCUCUGCGUUGUUAAGGAUGAAGCAGCCUUCAGGAAAAUUUGUCUUGAUACGCAUGGUCUCUUCUGCUAGAAGUAGCAGCCAACUGCGUCGGCAUUGCCAUUGAUAAAGAGCGGAUGUUAUGUAUUGCAACAAUGCCCAGUAUUGUCUCCCUAUAUGUACUAUAGAUGCAUUAGAAAAUGUAUAUUAAGACAUGAUUUGUUAUUUGUAACCCUGAGAACACCUCAUAUCUAAUCAUAUAUCUUUAAGAUUUAGAUA